AAUCUCAGAAGAAAACCCAGAAAAGAAAAACAUAGAUGAUAUGCAUUUAUAUAGCUGUCAGGGGUCCUUUUAUAUUAUUAUUAUUUAUUACUUGUCAAUUAUUCAUACAAUAUGCAAGUUUUAAAAUUUUGGAAUACGUCAAAGCAAAAGUUAUACAAGCCAGAUUACAGGCUGAUAGCUAAAUGUGCUAGUUCUACAAAAGCAUUUGUAACAACCCCAAUAUACUAUGUUAAUGCAGCUCCUCACAUAGGACAUCUUUAUUCGACUGUUUUGGCCGAUACAAUUCGACGAAAUUAUAUAUUGCAUGGAAAGGAUGUAAUCAUGUCAACCGGUACUGAUGAACAUGGCUUAAAGAUUCAACAAGCAGCUAAUAAAAGAAAUAUGGAACCAAUCGAAUUUUGUAAUCAAGUUUCUGAGAGUUUUAAAACAUUAUGUAAAGCAGCUAAUGUUGAAUAUACUAGUUUUGAACGUACCACGAAUAAGCACCAUAAAGAGGCAGUCAAAGCAUUAUGGAAUAAAUUAUUGUUAAAUGGAUAUUUUUACAAAGGAAAACAUGAGGGAUGGUAUUCAAUAUCUGAUGAAGCAUUUUAUACAAAUAGUCAAGUUCAAGAAGUAAUCGAUGAAAAGACAGGACAAAAAAUAAUGGUAUCAAUAGAGACAGGUCAACCAGUAGAGUGGACAUCAGAGGAAAACUUCAAGUUUAGAUUAUCUGCCUUCAGAGAUCGUUUAUUAGAAUGGAUAGAGAAAAACCCUACAGUUAUUGUACCUAGCAAUAGAAGGAAUGAAGUCAUAUCAUUGUUAAAAUUAGGUCUAUCUGAUUUAUCGGUAUCAAGGUUGAGAUCUCGUCUUCAAUGGGGUAUUAAAGUACCAAACGAAUCCGAACAUACCAUUUAUGUUUGGCUGGAUGCAUUAACAAAUUAUCUUACUGCUACUGGUUAUCCAUGGCUUAAAGAUAUAAAAAAUAAGGAUGCAUUUCCGCCUGAUGUUCAAGUAAUUGGUAAAGACAUUAUAAGAUUUCAUGCUAUUUAUUGGCCGGCAUUCCUUAUGGCUGCAGAAUUGCCAUUACCUAAGCAAAUUUUAGCACAUGCUCAUUGGACGAUGGGUAAACAGAAAAUGUCCAAAAGUCGUGGAAAUGUAGUAAAUCCCUUUCAGAUAAUUAAAAAGUAUGGAGCUGACGCUGUUCGCUACUAUCUUGUUCGAGAUGGAGGUCUUGCAGAUGAUGGAGAUUAUUCUGAGGAAAUGAUUCAGACAAGAUAUAAAAAAGACUUGAUAGGACAAUUUGAUACAAUGAUACACAAUCAAAUAUUGGAAACUGCCAACAAUUUUAAUAAUGCGUUUGAAGAUCGUGAAUUUAGUAAAGCAUAUUCAUAUGUAUUCGAUAUGAUUUCUCAGGCAAAUAAAUAUUUUUCAGACAAUGAACCAUGGAGACUAGCUAAAAAUCCAGAAGAUAAGGAACGACUUGAUACAAUCUUAUUUUAUUCAUUAGAAGCUUGUAGAGUUGCUGGUAUUUUAUUGCAGCCUGUAAUGCCUUCCAAGAUGGCAUGUGUAUUAACUCGUUUAGGUGUAUCUUCGGAUAAAAGAUACUUUAAAGAUGCUACUCAAUUUGAUUUAACAAAAAGGCCAUUAGGUGAAACUGACAGUGUCUUGUUCCCCAAGUUGACUAUGACAUAAUAAUAGAAAUGAUAUACAUUCAAAGAUUUAACUUUUAUACAAUAAACUGUUGCAUAAUAAAUUUA